AUGAGUGCGAUUAACAUCACGAACGUCACCGUGCUCGACAAUCCGUCGUCGUUUCUGUCCCCUUUUCAGUUCGAAAUCUCAUACGAAUGCGUUUCUCCCCUCAAAGACGAUUUGGAGUGGAAGCUCAUUUACGUGGGAUCCGCAGAGGAUGAGACUUACGAUCAACUCCUAGAAAGUGUCCUCGUCGGCCCUAUCAAUGUUGGAAAUUAUCGUUUUGUUUUGCAGGCGGACCCACCAGAUCCUUCUAAGAUUCGUGAGGAAGACAUCAUUGGAGUCACAGUGCUUUUAUUAACAUGCUCUUUCUUGGGUCAAGAGUUUAUCCGCGUGGGCUAUUACGUGAAUAACGACUAUAACGACGAAAAGCUCAGAGAAGAACCUCCCCAGAAAGUCUUGAUCGACAAAAUCCAGAGAAAUAUAUUAUCUGAUAAACCGAGAGUGACCAAGUUCCCCAUCAAUUUUCACCCUGAAAAUGAGACUGGAGAAGAAGUGCCUCAACCCGAGAAUGCUGUUGAGGUAGAUGGGUUUGAAGAACAAAAGAAGCUUUCGAAUCAUGCUUCAGAUUAG